UUUCUCCAGCCCCGUCGCCUUGUUCGGCGCGGAGCGAAGCUUACGGCACCCGGAGAGGCUGGGAAAGGGAGCUGCGCCCGUCUCUCCGCCAGAUCCAGCCCGCUGCUUGCUGCCCGUCUCCUCCUCCCCGCUGGGGUGGUUGCAGAAGUGGCGGAGGCGGCCACGGCAGGGGACCAUAGCCAAGGAAGGAGCAAGGAACCGGGGACGGCGAUAACACUAGAGGGAGGCUCGCUCCAGUGGAGGAAAGAAGAAAGAGGGAAAGGAGGCAGCCAGGCAUAAACACGCACGCACGCACCCACCCACUCGUCCAUACCUAUUUAUGUGUGUGUGUGUGUGUAUAUAUCUAUAUGCAUAUACGUGUGCGGGACACUGCACGAACUAUCCGUCAAAGGGCUGCAGAACUUGAUUUAUUCCCAAAAGACAGAGUAGCGACUCCUUCCCAUCCACACAGCGCGGGCUGGACCAGAAGAAUCCCCUUCCACAAGGAUAGAAAGACCCAGACUCUUGAAAGUGACGGAAGACCUUUCUGACCUACUUCCAGGGGGCAAACAGGAGUGUGUGUGAGGUCACGCUCUUCAAUAUUUUUGCAGUUUUCUCGCAUGGUUUUUUCCCUUUAAAUAUACGUUUGAAAACAUCUCCUGUAUAUAUUUGGGAAGUUUUGCUUGUCUUGUGCAGGCAACUGGGUGUGUGGGGAAGGAAAAGAAAAAAGAAGGCAUCAGCUUCCUAGGAAAUCCUCUUUCUUGAGCUCUAAGGAACCAUCCUGAAAGAAUAAGCACACUCAUCAUAAUACAAGGAUACAUCUGGACCCUGUUUGUAUUUCCUGGUUUUCCUGGGGCUGAAGAUGCUGUCCUACAGCGUGCUGGAUGCGAAUGUGGUGGAUGUGGAAAAAAGGCGAAGCCCUUCCAAGCACUAUGUAUACAUUAUAAAAGUAACAUGGUCAGACUCAACCUGCCAGAUGAUAUACCGCAGAUACAGCAAAUUCUUUGACCUCCAGAUGCAGCUUCUGGAUAAAUUCCCUAUUGAAGGAGGCCAGAAAGAUCCCAAGCAGCGAAUCAUCCCCUUUCUUCCAGGUAAAAUCCUGUUCCGAAGAAGCCACAUUCGAGACGUGGCCGUGAAGAGACUAAAACCCAUUGAUGAAUACUGUAGGGCGCUGGUGAAGCUUCCCCCUCACAUUUCACAGUGUGAUGAAGUCUUUCGAUUCUUCGAGGCCAGACCAGAGGACCUAAAUCCUCCUAAAGAGGAUUAUGGAUCCUCCAAAAGGAAAUCAGUUUGGAUGUCCAGCUUAUCUGAUUCUCCAAAGAAGGCUAUUGCAGGUGCUGACGCUAGCUCUGAACCUAUGAUCCUGGAGCAGUAUGUGGUGGUGUCCAACUAUGAGAAACAGGAGAACUCCGAGAUCAGCCUGCAGUCUGGAGAGGUGGUGGAUGUCAUAGAGAAGAAUGAAAGUGGUUGGUGGUUUGUAAGCACAUCAGAAGAGCAAGGCUGGGUCCCUGCUACAUACCUGGAAUCCCAAAGUGGAGUUAGAGAUGAUUCUGAAAUUAACAUGUCCAAAGGAGGGGAAGUUUCUAAGAGACGCAAGGCUCACCUGAGGCGCCUGGACCGGCGAUGGACACUGGGAGGGAUGGUCAACAGGCAGCAGAGUCGAGAGGAAAAAUAUGUCACAAUCCAGUCAUACACCAGCCAGGGGAAAGAUGAAAUCGGGUUCGACAAGGGAGUCACUGUGGAGGUCGUUCAAAAGAACCUGGAAGGAUGGUGGUACAUAAGGUAUUUGGGCAAAGAAGGCUGGGCCCCAGCAUCGUAUCUGAAGAAAGCAAAAGAUGAUCUACCAUCUAGAAAAAAGAACUUAACAGGGCCAGUGGAAAUUAUAGGAAACAUCAUGGAGAUCAGUAACCUGUUGAACAAGAAAUCUUCCAGUGACAAGGAAACACAGUCAGAAACUGAAACAGCAGAAUCUCACAUCUCCAAGAAGGAAAUAAGCUUGCCUAUUUUAUGCAAUGACUCCAAUGGCAAUUUCAUGAUGACUCAAGACAAGCAGGUGUCAAAACUAGCACAGGGAUCGCCAGCGAUAGCACGGAUUGCCCCACAAAGAGCUCAAAUAAGUUCUCCAAAUCUAAGAACAAGGCCUCCUCCGAGAAGAGAAUCCAGUUUGGGCUUUCAGUUACCUAAGCCCCCAGAGCCACCAUCAGUGGAAGUUGAAUACUAUACAAUUGCAGAAUUCCAGUCUUGUAUUUCGGAUGGAAUAAGCUUUCAUGGGGGACAAAAGGCAGAGGUCAUUGACAAGAACUCUGGUGGAUGGUGGUAUGUGCAGAUAGGUGAAAAAGAAGGUUGGGCUCCAGCAUCAUACAUUGAUAAAAGGAAGAAGCCUAAUUUAAAUAGGCGAACCAGUACUUUGACUAGACCCAAAGUUCCUCCCCCUGCACCUCCCAACAAAUCAAAAGACUCUGAAGAAGCAGUAGCCACUGGAACCAUAGCUUCAGGAGAUGGCCAAGAUUCCCCACACAAGCAAAAAUAUGAGGAGCCAGAGUAUGAUGUACCUGCCUUUGGUGUUGACUCAGAAUCUGAGCUGAGUCAGGGAGAAGAUGGUAGCCUGGAGAGAAGCACAUUCCACCGGCCCAAGCCUUCCCCUGUCUCCUCCCUCCAAAGGGCAAAAUUCCGAGUUGGAAUGUCUUCUGAAGAUGUGACUCAUGAAGAGGAGACUAUCUAUGAAAAUGAGGGCUUCAGACCAUGCAUAGAAGAUACUUCGUCAAACAAAGAAUCCAGUGGAGAUUCUGAUUCUCAAAGAAGUUCUUCGUUAUCAUUGAUCCAAAGAAAUUCUCCAUGUUCUGUUUCUCCUAAGUCCUCCCUUCUGAAGCCCCAAAAUGACAAAAGCAUUCAGCCAAACCUUGGUAAGCCUCACUACUCACGGAAUGAAGAGACAAAGCCAAGAUCAGCCUCAGAUGCUGGCUCAACUGGUGUGCCCAAAAAAAGGGAUACUGGCGAAACUGUGUCUAGCAGAGCAAAACCAAUGGUGAGGCCCAAACCUUUUCUGAACAAAGCAGAUUCUCAAAGCCAAGAAAGGAUGGAUAUCAGCACUUUACGUCACCAGCUGAGACCAACCGGUCAACUCAGAGGUGGACUUAAAGGUUCAAGAAGUGAAGAGUCUGAAAGUCCACCUAACACAGCUUCCGGACACCCAGAAGAGACCUUCAGAAGAAGCUCUGCAGAUCUCAUUACACCUCCUUCCCAUGGCUUAUUCUAUUCCAGCCAGCCAACCAAGGCAGAGAAUGAAAACAACUCCUCAAAAUGCCUCUAUGUAACUACUGACUCUUAUCAGAAAGUUCAAGAGUCAGAGAUUGGCUUCCCAGCAGGAAUAGUUGUGGAAGUCCUGGAAAAGCAAACAAGUGGAUGGUGGUAUUUGAAAUAUGGAGACACAGAAGGAUGGGCUCCUUCUCACUAUCUGGUACAACAAGAUACUACUUCCAAUGAGACCAACAUCUCACUGGCUCGGAACAGAAGAAAUGAAAACAAAUCCAACAGCUUGGAGAAAAUUGAGAAGAAGGUCCAGGCACUGAAUACCAUCAACCAGAACAAGAGAGCAACACCUCCUAUUCCCAACAAACCACCAGGUGGCUUCUCAAAAACAUCUGGUCCUGUAAAAUUGCGAAAUGGAGUUAGACAGCUAGCUGUGAGGCCGCAGUCAGUGUUUGUCUCCCCGCCACCCAAAGAUAAUAAUCUGCCUUGUUCCUUGCGUAGGAAUGAGUCUCUUACUGCCACAGACCACCUAAGGGCAGUGCGUCGCAAUUCUUCUUUCAGUACUGCCCAGUCCCAGAUUGGUAAUUUGAAAAUAAAACAUGCUGAUCGGCUUGCCUCUGAGGGCUCUGAGGGCACCACCUUCCUACCUAUUGAACACAAUGGAAUCCCAGUAUCCACUGUCCGGCCCAAGCCCAUUGAAAAAUCCCAAUUUAUUCACAAUAACCUUAAGGAUAUCUACAUCUCCAUUGCAGAUUACGAAGGGGAUGAGGAAACUGCUGGAUUUUCAGAAGGUGUUUGCAUGGAGGUACUAGAAAAGAACCCAAACGGCUGGUGGUACUGUCAGAUCAUGGAUGGAGGAAAACCUUUUAAAGGCUGGGUCCCCUCAAAUUACUUGGAGAAAAAGAAUUAAGUGUUGCAGUGUCUUUAAGUUCCCUAAAUUAUACUUUUUCUGCUGUGUAGAUAUGGAAGGAGGGGGAAGAUACAAAGAUGUAUUUCCUUUUGUUCCAUCGUAUAUUGAAAGGGAUUGUUGAACUGAGCAUUGCUAUGACCAGCAAGUCUGCCAACUAUGAGGGUGUGUUAGGGUGUGUUUGAAGGAAUUGGCUAAUUCAGCAAAUAUCAAGAAAAGGCAGCUUGAAUUAAUGCCUUCUUCUUCAUUACUUGGUGAAGCCUUUCACAUUUGAGUGCAACAGGGUACAUGAUCCCACCAUCCUGCUUGUAAUAAUAGGAAACCAAAUGUGUGCCUUUCACAAUAUAGUUUGGGCCUAUGUGUCUGCUUGGGUAUGGUAGGGAGUUUGGUGCCAAACCUGGACAUGUUUUUAAAAAAUCAGCUUGUCCCAUUUUUCCAAAUGGAGUGUGUAUAAAUAUUUUCAAAUUGUGGAUGGUUUCCCCAGUCCCACCCUAAGACAUCUUUCAUGUGUGCAGAGCAAACAGAGAAACUUGUUCAAGGGAUCCAGCACUAGCCCCCAGCCAUUGCAUUCUGUCUCCAGAUUGCUUGAAGAGUCGGGGGCCUUUUCACUGCGCAUAGCUGGCAUUGGACUCUGAGUGCAUAUUGUUCAGUUCCCCCCCAGUGGCAUCCACCGUACAUUUUUCCUUUGGUUGCUAUGUGUCCAUUGUUUCAGAAAAGGGGUUAAGUGGGGCUUAUUUUCCUAUUAUAAUUAAAAUUUGAAAUAUAAUCAAACUUUAGGUGGUUCUUAGGUGUUUGCAAACACACCCAAAGUGAUGUGUUGCGCACACUCACCUCUUGCGGACACUGACUGGUCUCAAAUGUAAUUUUUAUUUUUAGGGUCUUCUGAACAACCAAGUUUGUCACGUCCCUUGUUGUUUAGCACCCCACAUUUGGACUAGGGAGUAGCAAGGUCUUACCUGUACUUGAGGAAAAUUGGUUGACUGUAGCUAAGAAGGAGAAGCCGCUGUUACAUGAACUGUUCCCCUUUUUUCUUGAUCAUGGCCUGUUAAGGUUGGGCUGUCUGACUAGCUGGUAGGCACUGUACAUCUCUCCUGAACAAUUAUCCAUUGCUUCUGCUCUGGUUCUACCUUAUGUCCAGGACAAAACUUCAGUCAGUUCCCCUUGACCUGCAACAACCAAUGUGCAUACUCCCUUCUCCCAUCCAAAGGCCUUUCAAGACUUCCAGCUCUCAUUGCCACAGUUCCAGCUGGAAGACCUUGUGCCACAACACAAUAGCUUCUUCAGAACUAUCUAUACGGGUCUUGCAAGUUAUUCCAGCAUAGACUGUUGUGUGAAAGUGAAGGCCAGUUCACAAGAACUAGAAUGUCCAUGACUUAAACAUAAAGAAAUAGAAUUUAUUUCCAAAUACUGGGAUUUAUUUCCAAAUAAUGGGCCUUCUAUUUUGCAGAAGUUCCCCCUUUUUUCCUAUGAGAGGAAGAAUUUCUGUGUGUUCAGAAAUUGUGUAUGCACAUUGAAGAGCAUGGGAAAGUACUUACCUGUGAUAUGCCUUGAAACCACAUCAUCAUACCCAACUACCAGUACAGCUACUCCUUCAUGAAUGAGAGUUUCUAGAUGCACAUGGUGUUCAUGCAUGCACCUUCUCUACACCACUUACUCCAUUGAAAGAGGGGUGACACCUCACGCAUAUCCCCAUUCCACAUGGCUGCAGUCCUUCUCUGGGAGGGGAUGCUAAUAUAGGAGCUGUUUGUGCACAUCAGAAUGCCCUUGGUGCUUAAGAUCAAUGGCAAAUUUAUUUGCAUAUAUCAGUGUCUCCAAAAAAGCCAGAGAAAAGGGAAGGCCCUGAACUUUGUAUGUGUGUCCUUUUCAAACAGUAUCCAUCAGUGUUUACAGAGCUGGAUGCAGGGAGAGAAAAAGCCAUGGAUUUUACUGUCUGCACAGUUGUUUUAGUUUGUUGGGGAAAGGGGUUAUUUGUGAACCUCUCUGAUCUAAAGGUUAUUUUCCCUUUUAACAAAUUCUCUCUUCUGUUGUGUUCACUUGAACAUUACUUUUAUACUGAGGGAGAAACACCUGAUACAUUUUCAGACGUGAGAAGCAAAUGAAUAAAAAGCACCAGUAGGCUGGGAAUGCUACUAGACAAGAAGCACAUGCUUAUGUGUGUUCUCCCUCCCUCCAUUUCCUUGCUCAUUAUUUAUGAUUCUAAGAGUUUAAAAAUGAGAUGUUUUAUGGAAGGUCAUGGAAAAGAUGGAAACCACUGUGGGUGACAAGGUUUGGAGUGCAAUGUGUAUUUAUUUUUGAUGUGGCUUCAAACAUCAGCCUUCAAAUAAAUGUUGUAAUAGUAAAAGAAAUGCUGGAAGGCCUUUGCGUGAGAAUAUGGAAGAUCAGAUGGAAGUUUGAUGUUGCUGUCUUGAGGCCCAACAUUUUGUUUGCCCAGAGAAUAAAAACAGUUGGGUUUCAUGGCAAAUGUUAACACAGAAUAAUAGAGAAAUAACUCAUAUGUCUUCCAACAACACCUCAUGCCUUCUACCAGUUGGAAGAUGAAAACAGGAAGAUUUUAAUGAGCUCAAACUAAUGCUAACAAAAUCUUCCAAAUUUACAACUGAAAAUAUUAAGAGAUGUUUUGCUUUCCUGAAAAAUUACAUAAUGUUGACUUUACUUUUGUCUCAUUCAUUUUUUAAAAUUGUGUGUUACAUAUAUUAAAUUACAACAACAAACAUUGAGGGAUUGUUUUCCACAGCUUUCAUGACUUUCAGCUUGAUCUGUUAAGAUGCCAUUAAAGUCUGUGACCACAACCACUCUCCAUUCGAUUGCUCUGGUUAUAGCAGCGUGGAAGGAGGAGCCACUUUGGAGAAGGUGAGGGAGGGGGGAAGAGGCCUGUGGAACUCCAAUAAAAUCAGUGGGGAGAAAGAAGGCAAUCAUCUACACUACGGUGAAAAUGGUGUGGAUUUUGCCCUGAACUCUUCUUCCUGAGGCCUAGCAGCUCUGCAUUUUGGCUGGUUCCCUCUGUUGUUAAAGUUCUGCUGCAACAUUAGCAGUCGUUUAGAGGACUACCAGAGCUGCUGUGAGUUUAUAAUAGAAGUAUUAUGUUCUUCUGCUGGGCAGUAUUAAAUAGAGCAAAACCAUAAAGUAAUCUGCUAGAUUGCAGUACUAAUAGUAGUGAUUUAGCAACUCAUAUUAAUGUUUAUGAUUUAUUUUUUAACAAUAAUGAUGAAGAAGUGGUUCAUUAUUUUUGAAUUAAUGCACUUUAACCAUUUUAAACCAAAAUGCAGAAAAAUCAAGUGCAUUAUUUAAAGAUGCAGUAUAAAUUGUCAAUUUUAAAGUUCACCUAUUUAUUAAAAUAAUUUAUGACUAUUUAAAAAUUGUACUAUACAGUUUUGUUCUAAAGAUGCCAUCAUCUCUUGGGAAAAUUAACAGUGCAGCUCCCAAAAUUCCUGCUUUGAAACAUUGGACUCUCAAAAUACAAUGGAUUCAGUUAGCAAGAGUCAAAUUUCUGCCAUGGGAAAAGGGACAAACAUUUCUUACUGGAGAACAGCAAAUUGGCUAGCAGUAGUUCCAAACCUGUACCGCCAUUAAGAAUUUUCAGUGGAGAACUUAUCCAAAGUAUGUCAUGAGAUCAUGGGAAAGUUUUGCAGAUCCCCCAGAUGAGUUUCCAUGCUAUAUUACAACUGAGGCAGUGGUGUCCAUUUUGUAUUUUAGUGGUGCCCAGUGUUAUACUGGUGACUGCAGUCAUAAUAACGUGUGGAAAAUCAUUGUGUGGUAACUUGGCAGAAUUCUAAGGUUGCUUCUUUAAACCUAAUGUUAAAAAAAACUAUUUCUUGGUACAACUUGUACAGUUUGGCUUGCCCUCAUUCUGUUGGUGUGGGAAGUUGGGAACUGGCCUUCCUUCACUGUGGCAUCCCAGCAGUCUCAUGUAAUCUGUGCAAUUCCAUAUUUAAUAUGAUGGAAUACAAAGCAGGCAUGGUCUGUGUAAGCACUGCUUUCUUACAGGUGUUGCUUAAUGAUUAGAUUAAUUGCCCAUCAAGAAUAAUUGUAUACAAAUGUCUGUCACACAGAAUUGCUGAUGGAUCAAGCAAGUAGUCUUCAGCUGGCCUAGCCAAAAUGCUCUGGUAGCCAUUGCAAUAAGGUACUAAAAUUAAGUAAAUGAGCUCCUGUAGUGUUACAUCCACGAGUCAUAUUUGACCGUGCACCUUGGUGUUUUACACACACACACAUUUUUAGUAGCCCUUGUGUUGGGACAAACCUGGAGGUGAUUUCGUGUUGUACGAAAAUAUCAUGCAAUUAUGAAAGGGGGGGUGGGUAAAGGGCACUAGCAAGCACCUUCUUAGUCAAUUUCACUGUUUUCCACCUGUAAUGUGUCAUUUCCUUCUGCAGCUAUUAGGUGAGAUACAAAAUAUUCUUUAAAAAGAGUUGAAUUCAAAUUGCAGAGCUAUCCUGAUUCAUUAUAAUUAAGUGGCUAGUCUUCAUGAUUUUCUUGUACAAACAUGCUCAAGUCCCACCCAAAGUUAUCUAGAGUCUUUUCUCCAAAAUAAUAUAUUUUGAUCCUAAAACCAAAGUUGUCAAAACAUGGUGCUUUAAAAAAAAUAAACUAUAUAGUACUAACAGAAUUAUCUAAAUUUUUAAAUUAUCUGGGUCAGCUACUGAAUAAAAUAUUUUGUGAAGUCAAAGAGUGCCCUCUUGUGGAUGGAGGAAUGGCUUCUAGUUCUUUUUUUCCCUGCUUAUUGAAAUUGCCUUAAUCGUCCAUGCUUUCAAAAGGGAAAAAUAUUGUGAAAUGGGAAUGAUUGGGAUAGGAAAUGUCAAAACACAGCUUAAAUUUUUAGACAAAAUCCAAGAAUUUGAAACUGUUCUGCUGUAUACUGCAACUUUAAUAAUAAUGAGCACUUCUGAGUUCGUUAUUGCGGUUUUAUAUAAUGCCUGAAAGAUAUUCUCGCAGUUGUUGCUUUUCUAAAUUCUAGUAAUCAGUAUGUCUAAAGCUUCUUUUUGUUUUGUUCUACCCACAUAUGCCUUGUUGCCCAUUGUAACUUCUUUAACUGAGGCUUAUUUUUGGAGGGCGGGGGCAGAUGCUGACAUUAAUAUGCCUGGACUGUAUCACUUCAGACAGCAGGUGGCCACUGAAUUGCCUGAGGGAUCCAUCACACACAUGCACACACAGAGGCAUCUCUUUCCUGUACAUUAAAAAUAUGUUAGGUACAGGUCUAGCCUAGAACACUUCUCAAUUUCUUGUUUUCUGUGUGCAGGGAUUAUUGGUAUAGUAAAUCAAUCAAAAAUGUGUGUUUUCUCCUGCACUCUAAAAGUGGCACGAUCCAGAGCUACCAUAGCACUUUAACUUCUGGUUUGUAAGAACAAAGCAUCAUUGAACUUUUCAUGUCUCUGAAAUAAUACCAAAUUAUUUGUCUAGACUGGGAUCCAAGGUCCUGUGUAAGCUCAUGCUAGAUGCUUGCCCUGGCCCACUAGGAUAGGAUUUCAAACCUUUGCUUGUGCCUCCUUUCUGGCUAUAUCACAAACUGCUUAUGAAAGUGUCUUCCACUUUUGAAUCAGUUUGCUAUGUGGUAUGGUCUAGGCAGGAGGUGAACGGGGAAGUGUGUGAGCUGGGAAAAACCAUGCACAGAGUUCCCUUGGGCUCAUGGAACUAGCUUCACGGUUCUUUGGAUCCUAGCCUGCUUUUCCAGUGACUGUGCUCCUUGCCAAAAUCUAAGUAUGAGUGAAAAAAUGGCACUCCGUUCUUUAACAAGGAUUUAAGUCCCAUUGACUCCAAUGAAAGUUACUUACAGAAAUGAUGCCUAGCCUUGCUUGAACACAAAAAGUUUGGAUGGAGCUUUUCCUUUCCUUUCAAAUGUUCAUUUGUAAAUGUGGCAAUUAUCACUAUAAGCGUGCUAGCUAAUUCAAAGCUAGAGUAUGAGACAGAUGAACAAGGGCACAUGAGCUUCAACUGUAAGUUGCAGUAACAAAAAGCUGCAUUUCCUUCAGACAAAAAGGUUUCCUUCAGUAGCAACACUGAACAUUUUGACGAAGGCAUUAUAGAAUUGUUUUUGAACUACUUUCAAAUAUUAGUGUGGCAUAUUAAAAUUAUACUCAUUGCUGUUCUAUGUUUAGAAAUGCGUUACUGCUUUCCAUCAUGUAUGAGAAACAAGGGAAUCUGGUAAAGCAUUCAUUAUUUUCAUAUUACUAGCAUUUACAGACUAGAAAUAGUAUUUAAGUUUAGAUCACCUUAGGUAGUUUGCUCAUUUACAUUUUUCUCUUGUGUUUUUUUUUCUUUUGUUACGUUUUCUUCAAAUAUUUUGCAUUCUCAAGAAAAAAUCCAAUUAGAGGAUAUGUGCAAUACUGAAAGAGAAGAAACAGGCCCCUCAUCCAGGACUCAAAGUGGAAUGUACAGUGUGAUUUUUGUGAAAGUCUGUCAUUUUCUAAUAAUGCACUCUCAGGAAAGAAAGCAGGAUUGCUGGGAAGGGAACAACCGAAGAAAAGGGGUGUGGGGGAAAAGCCUUUGGUACAAAUGGAUCGUGUUGAGUCUGGCAGUGGCUGUACAAGUGCAUUGCAUGUGAACAAAAUGGAAGGACUGUAAGUGUUAGAUUCUGCAUAAUGCAUGCUGCAGUCCAUUGCUCAUUUGUAAGUCCCUUUGAAUGCAAUAGAACUUACUUCUGAGUAGACAUGUAUAGGAGUAUGCCGUGAAGCACUUUAGGGUGUUACUUUGUGCAUGUUUAGACGGCAAAAAGUUGACCACUCCCAGCAUUCCCCAGCAAACUCUGCUGGCUGAGGAACACUAGGAGUUGUAGGGCAUUGUUCUGGCUAAGCAUAUAUCAGGUAGCAUGGAAUGGAAGCUGGAGCCUGAGACAGGUAAUGACAAAAAGCAUCUACUGUUAAGCACGUACAGAACACAAGGCUUCAUCUCAUGCCUAAAGUGCUAUCUACUUAGCUUUGUGCUCGAGACCUUUGAGCAUGAUGCCAUUCAAAAGGGCAGAUUCAGCACUCUGGCCACCAAACAGGAAACGGCUCUUAACCUUUAGAGGCCCAGGAUCAGGGAUCUUUGCUUUGGUGCUUGUUCAUUUCACUUUCUGAAAUCUUUCCUAACACUUUGCUCCUGCUAUUCCCUCUAGCUGAAGAAUGAGUUGGUAGGGCAAAAUUAUCGCCUGCUUUAUUUUGCAUGAAAUCAAAAUGUUCAGUUGUAUCAGAUGCUUCACGUUUGUGUUAAGCACGUUUUCAAAAAGCUGCUGUUAGGCUGCAGUGCCUCUUUCUGAACGUAGCCCAUUCAGCUCCGAGCAUGGAACUUGUUUCUCAUGAUACAUGCAUGGACUUGUGCUGUAAGAAAACAACCUUAAACUAAAGUCUUUGGCAGAAACUGGGCCAAUAUUAUAUUUCACAAAGUUAUUGUGGAACUGGAAGGCCAAGCUGAGGCCUAUGAAUUUAACUGCACAUAUGCAUUUGUGGUUUAUCCCUUUAGCAAAGUGUGUCUGAGUCUUAAAUAAAUCUCUAAAAAAAAUUAGAGUUUUCAUAUUUUAAUCCCUUGAGGGUAUGCAUGAAAACUGGGCUUUCUUGAGUAGCCCAUCCAAAUUUAGUAUGUGGCUUGCUUUAACACUGAGAAUUCAUGGCUGACCAGAAUAGCCUCCCUGGAAUCUCACUCAUAGAUUAAUUGGAAUGGCAUCCAUGUGCCUGCCUUCACGCAGCCACUGCAUAGUAUUAGUGAUUUUACACCUCCAUUAAAUUUUUUGAGAGCAACAAAUUCUUGCUGGCCCUGGUUUUGGAAGAUUUUACUGACCACCGCAGGUGUUGUGGCUUUGUGCAUAUGGGUUUGUUUUUAAUUGUAAUUUUUUUUUGCAAAAAUUGUAAAAAUUAAAAACACUCCAUGCAUACACAAAAACUAGCAAGAGGAACUACGCUGCUAUCCAUAAUACUAUAAGUAUCAACUGGAUAUCUGCUGCUAAAUAGUCAGAACCCAUCUGACACAAUACAAACCUCCUCCUAGAAAAUCCAGAUAUACAAAUAUGCAGUUAAAUCAGGCAUACUGUAAGCAUUCAAGAGGUACGGAUUGGGAGAGUGCAAGUUUCUUUGUAAAUAGCUUUCUUUUUAAGUGGGAAUUUUUCUAAAAAAUAAAAAUGGUAGAUUGUAUAAAUCACUGGUAAAUCUAUGGAAAACACAUCAGGUAUCAUGGACUUUGUGUCCUCACUCCAAGGUUUCUUUUGGUGCCUCAAUUCAUCUGUCAUAUCCUUUCAUGAUUUUAUUUUUGUAAUCUUUAAGUACUGUACAUGCGGACUUUCCCAGCUUCUUUGGAGGUCAGUGAACUGGAUCUCUCUGUGCAAGCCCUUUGAUUGGUAUUAUGUAGCCUGUACACAUCUGCAUUUGAAUAAGUGCAGAAUCUCCUGGAAGAGCAAUUAAGAGAUCCUUCAUUUUUUGGAGGGACUUAUAUAAGGGUGUGUGGAUGUGUGUGCAUGCUAAGGUGGUGAGGAGAAGGGGCUGAAUGAGUUCAUAUCCCUACUAUGGGGAGAGGUUUGCAGGCCAGACAUGAGCACUGCUCUUGUCUGGAAUCAAAAUUCUGUUUUCAGGAUUUUUUCCUCCUCAUUUUGAUAAGAUUGCUCAGGUGGAACAUAGCCAAAGGCAAAGUUAAUUGGUCCCCCUCAAUCUAGGAUUACAGGGUGAGUUGGCCUCAUGCCGCAGAACAUUCUAGAUGAGUGCAUUUUUCUCCCCUUUAAAAACCAAUUUGAUGGGACUUUCACACUGUCAUUUUGCACGCGUUUCACAAACUAUACAACAGCCACUAUUGUCCUGUGUUGAGACUCCUGUUUGUUACGAAAUCAGAUUGGAUGUCUGUUGCGGGGUGGGGUGGUAAUGGUCAAAAGAGGCAACUGGAUCAUGACCGGGGAGGGUUUGUUUGUUUUUUCCAGAAAAACAAAUUGAAUCAAGAAUAUGUUCAUAAGGCUUGGUCUGGCAUCCUGGGUACUUUUUGUGUAUUUAUGCAUCCAUAUAUAUUACUCAGUGCUCUGUAUUAAAGUGUGUCUCCCACUGUUGCCAAAAGUUCCAAUUGUUGCAUUAUGAUCUAAUACAAAUCUCCAUUCUGAAGUUCAUAAUAUGAAGAGGGAAUAGGGUUUAUGUUUAUCAAGCUGCCUUCUGCAUCUGGAAGAGAAACUGUGGAGAGGUUCAUGAAAUGACUGAAGCUGGCAUUACAACAUAGUUGGGUUGUGUUUUAGGCUGGCUUCUAACCAAAUGGCUCUGCUUUGUUUAAGUGAAAUGAAUUGUUAGAAGUGAAUGAGGGAGCCAGCUGGUGAUCUCACAUUUUGUAGCAUUCUAAAAUGUGCCUUCUGAGCAUUUUUUGGCUUUUGUAAAACUUGACCCACAACUUUGAGCUAGAACCUUAUAGAGAUUGGUGUGCCACAAGUUCUAACUGCAGCCUUUUACUAUGCUAAAUGAUAGUAUCCAGAUGGAGAAUUGUUUAUGAAUUUCAGGGAUUGAGGGAGCAGAAUGACCUAUGUAGGAAACCAGAAAGGAGGCAACACAUACGGAUGUGUUUCCUUAGAUCUAAAACAAAUAAUAAUUUAAAUAGAGGCAAGCAGUCUUUUUUGCCAGAAGCCAUCUGUACAGUGGCAACAAUUCCAAAUAGCUUAUGUCCUUCCAAUGGGCCUCUAGUAAUUGUUGUUUAGCAUAAGGAGAACAAAAUUGUUAAACGUCUGGAAGAGUAUGUUGGUAAGGAGAGAUGGGAAGGAUGUGUGGUUGGUUUAUGAGCUGUGCGAUAGAGAUGGCAGAUGGAGCGUGUUAUCUUGAUUUUAUUCAUCUUGUUUGCUUAGAAAAGUGUUUUCAUUGAAAGUGGAUAGUUAUUGGUGUAGUGCAAGUUGAAGACUGAGUUUUUUGUUUUCAGAGUUUUGUCUUAUGAAAGGAUUCAGGAGGGAAUCAGGUGUGGUGUGUGUUUUGGAGAGAGAUGAAAUAAAGAGCCCUGUGAUACUUGGUGUUUUCAAGAUGAGGAAUACCAGUGUGUAAGAAGCAGCUUAGCUGUUUGGCCCACUGAAAAGCUAAUGUUAGAUACUGCCCAUAAAAAUAGUGUUGUUUUAUAAAAGGUAAAUCCUUCAAUGAUCACUGUUAAUCAGAAUAAAAUUUGCAUGUAAUGUAUCUCCAGCACUAAGGGAAUAAAACAAAAGGAACAAAAAUAAAGAUUGUAAGGUAUUGUUCUUGUGCUUGCCAUCAAAAGUCUUGGUGAGCUUAUGGGAAGGAUAUAAAUCUGUUUGCAUAGUAAAACUGACUGCACUGAUCAAAGUCAUUUUUGGCAGGUGAUAUUCAGUUUGCUUACAUUAAUGCACAUGUCACAAGAGAGAGCAACUGUGGUAAAAUGUCCUUGUAGCUCUCAUCAUUUCUGUAAUGAUCACUGGGAAAUGUUCGACUGGAACAUUAUCACAUUAGUCUUCAUGAAACAAACUGGCAGCAAAGACCAGUGCCUGUUCUGAUCUACUUUGGCUCCCUCUUAAAUUGAUUUUGGAUUAUCUUGACAUUCAAAUUUAAUAGAGGCAACUAAAGACUACAUAAUGAACCUCCUUCCUAAGGUCAAAAGCCUCCUUCUUUUGUCAAAUUUACAUUCUUGGCCUUUAAUUGUAACCUGUAGUAUUAAAUGAGAAUUUGUAUAAUUUUUCCAUUUCCAAAUUUAAUUUGAAAACAUGGGGCUAUUUUGCACAAAGAAUGAGCUCCUUAAUUGUCAUAGUUAUAUCUUAUUUGGACAGAACUAAAGUUAUAUGUAAAAAUGAAGUGUGUGUAUAUUUAGUUUGUUUUCAGAAACUGAAGUGGCUGUUGUAUUCAAAAUGACUUUGCAGUGAUAUCAUCCAAUAAUGAUUUACAGGCACACUCAGAAAAUUUUAGUGCUUAAAUUUUAGAGAUGCAGUUACAUUGGGUACUGAACACUGACCCAAUGAAAUGUGAUUUGGGGGAUAUUUACAACAUGGCUUAUUUGCCCCAUAAUAAAUUUCUGUUUAUGCAGUCAAGAACAUGAGUGCUGCGACUCUAGAUAGAACUUAGUCCUGAUUAUAUUUCUUUCAUAGGUUUUUGCUCAAGUGUUGUAGAAAGAGGGAAUUUGCAUUUUAAGAAUCAAGUGUAAGUGACUGUAAGUGGAACAGCAAAACACUCAGAUUAACCAUCAUGGUGUGUGAAUUAGAUUCUGCUCUAUCAAAGUGAUUAUGAGAUUGGAAUUGUGAAAGAAUAUCUUUUCUUUAUAUUUAAUGUCCCUUAAUACCUACAAUGCCUAUGAAUAUAUCUCAAAGAAAAGGAUGCUUGUGUGGCUUAAUUAGUUAAUAUUAAAGGCCUGUUUUUGUCUGUCAGACAGGGGUAUUAAAUUUAUUUGUUCCAACAUUUCAGGCAGGCAUGUUUUGCAGUAGAUUGCUACAUCCUUAUUUAGGGAGCUAGUUAAGAGUUGCAGAGGUAGUAAAUCAUUGCAGUUGUUGCAGCCAAUGUGAACAUAGAUACAUCACACCUAAGUAAAGUAUUGUAUAGCUAACUAGUGUAAUGAGGCUUUCUGAGUCCAUGGGUCUGGAAUUCAGGGUCACUGAUUUAUGGACACAGUUCCACAGAAAAUGUCUCAGAUCGCUUUGGCAGAUCUGUGCUGCAAUACUGUAAGAGUUGGCAUCUGUGUACUUGAUUAUUACUGAAAGAUAUAAAGACCCUAAGGCACACAGCUCAGUUUUUCAGUUUUUUCUCCAUCAACCAUCUGGCAUUAAUGAUGCUUGAAAAAUUAUUUGUCAGUUUCAGCCAUUUUGAAGUAUAGGGAUUAACUUUUUGUACAUGUUUUGGCCCUGUAGUCCUGUUUUGUGGGGAGUCUAAGCUUCCUUCAGACGUUCCCCUUGGACACCGUGUCCCUUAACGGUUGGCACAGCAUUGGUGUUGCAAAGAAGGAAAUGUCUUGCCCUUUGUGUCAGUAUCAGAAAUGCUUGAGAGAAGAAAGUCCCUGCUGUCUAAGAUCUGUACAGUGAACACUGAGUGUGAGUCAUUUGUUAAAACACAACAUUUGGUGUAAGUGUGUAAGAACCCAGCCAGCUCCUUCUGCUGAUAAUGAUUUUAAAGGCCUUUACUAUGUUACAGGAGAUGCUUGCACACAGCUUUGCAAGCAAAUGCAGCUGCACACAAACCAUGGGUUGUGGCCAGCACUGUUUGUCAUCCUGGGGCACAUGUCUUUGGACUCUGCAGUGUUUACUUUUGGAGAUGGCCAAGAAAGUUUGUCAUUCUGGGACACACUCAUAUGGAAGGGCUACAUGCUAGUUAUAAAGCAGUCUUUCUUACGGGAUUGCCAAGAGCAUCUAGGCUUUUGCCUCUGUUUUAUUCCCAGGUUCUUGCAAUGUGAAACUAUAGUACCAUAUUCAUUGACUCAGGCAGAGAGGGCGUGAUAGCAUGCUGUACCUCACCAUCAUCUCCCAGUUUACUCAUUGCUUGGACCAAAGGUGGUGCUAAUAGGAACUUCUAAUUUUUAUAUUUAUGUUUUUGUUGGAUUUUGUGUCUGUUUGUGUUUUGUUUUAAAUCAGCAACAUUUAAUGACCUAUUUGGCUAAAAAGAUUGGCCUCAGACCCUUUGAAUUCACAAAAGAUCUUUGGGACUCAGACAUUGCUGUAUGUUUUAACUGACCAUGCUUUUUUGAGAGAGAUAAAGGAUACUCUCAUCUUUAAAUGCUUGCAAAUUGUAAGACUUUUUUAAAAUUCAAUUUGUUUACAUCGUCUCUUAUGUCCUAUGGGAGGGAAAUAAAGUUUUUGAUCUUUUUAACUGUGUACUAA